AUGAAUGUCCUCAAGAGGAUCACAGCCGGCGGCAGGAGGAGGAGGAUCUGCAUCGCCGUCGCCGUCGCCGCCACUCUGGUGGCCAUUGCGCUCGUCUUCGUCGUACUUGGAUUCACCGUCUUCCGGCCGCGCCACGCCAUCGCCACCAUCAAUUCCUUCUUUCUGGGGGUCGUCCAAGCGGGGAACAGCUCUUUUGGGAUCGGCGUCGACGUCAACGCCACUCUCCUCGUCGACCUCUCCGUCACCAAUCCCAAUCGCGCCAGCUUCAGCUACCCCCGCGGCGGCACGGCGGAGCUCUUCUACCGGGGGAAUGUCGCCGGAGUGGCGGCGAUUCCGCCGGGAGCCAUCGGCGCCCGCGAGACCUUGCGGAUGAACGUCACCCUCACGGUGCUCGCAGGGCGCUUCAUCGCCGACUCCAAUGUCUACUCCGACAUACUCUCCGGCUCCCUGGCGGUGAAUACCUUCACCAGGAUCGCCGGGAAGGUUACGGUGCUGGGGCUCCUCAAGCUCCGGACGGUGGCCUACACCACUUGCGACGUGGUCGUCAACGUUACCAGCCGAUCGAUCUCGAGCACCAGUUGCAAGUAUAGGACCAAGGUGUGA